CAUUAGUGAGUCAUUGAAUAUUUGAAGGUUGGCGGCACAUUUACCAAAAUACCAAGCUUGAUGUUGCCCAUGUGAAAAUAAUUAUGGGAUAAGUUUGCAUCAGCACAACGAUUUGAAUACUAAAUGAAGUCAUGGCAAGUUGUAUAGAAAGGCAAACCAGUGAGGAUGAUAUGAAAGCUUUCCAGGAGAGUAGGUGGAGAAAGCGUAUGUCAGAGCAUAAUAUACCCAAGCUAGACAUACCUCCCGAGAUGAACAAUCAUAUUCCCGGGACUGGGUGUCAGAACCUGUGCAAUUGGUCCCAAACACAGUCAUCUGAAGAUUGUGAAGAGGAGGGAGUGGAGCUGCUAAGCAAUUUUGUACUUUAUGAAGUUGAGAAAGAAAAAGAUCUAGUCAGCAAGCCAGAUGUUAAAGAAAUGCUUGAUAAAACAUUUUCCGCAGUAUCAUGCUCUAUAUCUACUCCAAAGGGCUAUAAACAUUCAGCAUGGGCUAAAGAAGGAAAGAUUUUGAAGGAAAUGGCUGACGCCUUCGAAAAGUCGAAAGAGAGACAAGUAAUUAGAGACAGAGCUAACAGGGUUGGUCUGGAUGAAGUUGACAACCAAGAAGGUUUCUAUGACCUCCUCACAGAGCUCUUCACAACUGGAGGUGAUGUACGCAUUACGCGGGAACGCAUCAUGGUGCUCUUUGUAUAUAUUUCUGAUCUUGCUAUACGGUUCAUCAAAGAGAAAGCUAUGGAGUAUUUGAAGAAAAUGAUGACUUGGGCAAUCAGUUUUAUGAGGCAGAAAAUAUGUACUUGGGUUCAAGAGCAGGGUGGUUGGGGCAAUGUGCUAAGGAAUGGUGUGAAUAUCUGCAGCUAUGUUCUGGCAGCUUUAGCAGCCUCUCUGAUCUCAUACUCUCUCUACAGACAAGUUAAAAAGUGGCUUUAACCAUGUGAUACAUAGGACCGACUAGACCAUAAACCAGAGCCUUUAAUCAACAGACACGGGGGAUAUCAUUCGGCCACAUAUAAGUAGCUUUGGCCUUAUCCAAGAAACUCUGAAUAACCAACAAAUAGGAGAGAAUUGGGCUGCAUAUAAGUGGCUUUAAUUAGCCAACAAAUAGGAGAGUAUUGGGCCAUAUAUAAGUGGCAUUAGACUACUGAUGCAUGUGAGCCACAUGCUUUCAUAAGCCAUUGCCUUGCAUCACCCAAAGGCCAAACAGGACACUCAUAGAAUGGUGUGUGAGUGUCUGAACUUGAAUGCUCAUCAAUUCAAAUAUUUUAGAUUUAUCUAGGAGUGAAACACUUUGGAAUGUGAAUUCUAAAGUGUAUACCUGAAACGUUGUUAGGUAUUUAACAUAAGCAGCUUUUAAAGAGAAAUCCACAGGUGUAUUGAAGUGGUCAUUAUAUACAUGGUGUCCAUAAAGUCU